GCGACGGAUGCGCGACGGCCGCACCAUCAGGCGCGCUGGAGAUCCAAGGGGACGCGCGCACGCAUGCCUUGUCCACGCAAGUCGCGAACAGCCACGUCGCAGCAGCGGAGGUGUUGUGGAGAGCAGAGCGGUCAGGGGCGGUGUGUGGCGGUGAACGGGCAGCAGCAUGCUGUCACGCGGCAGCUGAGGGCGCAGAGAGGGCUGCCGGCACGCAUGGCGCAGCGCCCCACCCCCUCCACGCGCGAUCCCCUCUCCGCGCAUCCCCCCACGUCGCUCCACUGAGCCCCGCCCAUUCCCGUAGCGCGCACUGCAACCUCCACCACGCUUUCCACGCCGCCCCUCACUGCCUCUCAGCUCACGCCGCUCCAUUCGCCGGUGCCAAUCCAAUCGAAUCAGCCACUGCCACGUGGCAGCGCAGCUCGCUCUUUCACCGUGCCUUCCACGCGUCAGGCACCGCAGCGGCAGCGGCAGCAGCAGCGGGGGGCAGGGGGCAGGACUACUAUGCGGUGUUGGGGGUGUCAAGGAAGGCAACGGCCGCUGAAAUCAAAAAGGCCUUCUAUGCGCUGGCGAAGAAGUACCACCCGGAUGCGAACAAGGACGACCCCAAUGCAGCCAAGAAGUUCCAAGAAGUGCAGCAGGCGUACGAGGUGAGAGGUGCAGCAGGCGUACGAGGUGAGAGGUGCAGCAGGCGUACGAGGUGA